GGCUUUGCUUGUUCUGCAAAACAGAAGAUGCACGAGCAGUUUAACGAGUUAAUAUAUGAGCUCAUGGAAUGGCAUUUCUUCAUAUUUAAGUUCCAUACCAGUGAUCUGCGCCCUUUUGACCUGGAAUACGCCCGGCAGCCAUGAAAGCAUCUGAAUUCCGAGCCUUCCUCCUCCUCCUUCUCCUUUUCACAUCUCUCUCAUCCCUGCUCUAUUACAGCAUCUUUGACGAGAAACUCUACCUGCAGAAAAGUCACAAACAAGCUACUCCUCAGAGAAACAUCAGCAUCCUGCUGUGGCACUGGCCCUUCGGCCGGUCCUACAGUCUUGACGGAGACAAAUGUCUGGAGAUGUACAACAUCAGGGGUUGUUACCUCACUGAUGACACAUCGGCCUUCCCCACCGCUGACGUGGUGGUCUUCCACCACAAGGAGCUGACAAGAGGCCUGUCGUCCGUCCUGCCCCUGCACCUGGACCGCCCAGCCUCUCAGCGGUGGGCAUGGCUGUCCAUGGAGCCUCCCAUCAACAAUGCAAACCUCACCCAGCUCAACGGCUUCUUCAAUCUGACGAUGAGCUACAGACGUGACGCAGACAUAUCCAUCCCUUACGGAAAGACCGUGUUAGGGGGCGAUGAGCUGGGCUUCAAGGCUGCUACCAAUCACUCCUGCCUUGUCAGCUGGGUGGUCAGCAGAUAUCGGCCUCACCAAGCUCGUACCGGAGUUUAUCAGAGUCUAAAGAAGUACAUCCCAAUAGAGGUGUACGGAAAGUGGAACAAGAAACCUCUAUCAAACAAGAAGCUGCUGCCCACAAUUGCCAAUUGUAUUUUUUACCUGUCCUUUGAGAACUCUGAGACAAAGGACUACAUCAGUGAGAAGCUCUGGAGGAACGCCUUCCAGUCAGGGGCUGUGCCGGUAGUCCUCGGCCCCAGCAGGGCCACCUAUGAGGCCCUGGCCCCCCCUGGCUCCUUUAUCCAUGUGGCUGAUUUCAACAGCACUGCAGAUCUGGCCGCCUAUCUGAAACGUGUAGCUCUAGACAGGCAGGCCUACGAGAGCUACUUCCAGUGGCAUCACACUCACAGAAUAAAAACGUACACUGACUGGAGAGAAAGGCUGUGUCAGAUCUGUGUUCGAUACCCCAGUCUACCCGCCCAUAGAGUCUAUCGGGACCUGGAGAGCUGGGUUAACACCUAAGUCCUUCAUGCUUUCAAAUCACUGAGGUGUUUUGCUGUUUUGAUUCGGACUAAUGAUUUUGCACGGUUACCACAUGCAAGUGUGAAAUACCAAUAGUGUGACGAUUUGAUGUGGGAUUUAAAGUAUCUCAGUCAGCCAGGAGCAGUUUCGGUAAACAGUGAGGAACUGCUCACCACAGAAAAUAAUCUUAAGAAGCUGUUUAUGUGACUGCACCAUUCUGAAAAGCGGAAGUGGAAACUUGUGUGAAGCCAUAAAUAAGUAUGUUCCAUUUGUCAAAACCACUGAGGUGAGCGUCUCUAUACAUAACCUACAGAUUACGAUAACAGUGAGGGGUAUUUAUUAUUCAUCACCUGGAAUAUCUGCUCGUCAAAAAUACAUGAAUGCUGCAAUCAGUGAACACGUGCAACGCAAUUCCGAACACAUCAGCUUGUUCCAUCAUCUAACUUUAAAAAUUGUAAUUAAGAAAAGGAAAGUCGAGAGCCAGAAACAGAGAUUGUUUUAGGGGUUCUUCUGUUUGUUGAAGAGGUUUAAAGUGUAUUGCUUUCUUUCCUAUGUUUCAUGCAUGGUUUAACUUGCUUGACAUUUUUGUGUUUUCCCUUCUUUGCUGAUCGUCUGCUCUGCCCUGAUUUGUUUCACUUCACUUGUUAGCCCUGCAGUCACCUGACCUGCCGCUCGCCUGAUCCCACUUCCCCAAUUAAUAGGUCACUACAUUUGUUCUUUUGCCUGUUUGUCUUCAUUUGUUUCGAAUUCUGUUCUAGUUUGCUGGAGUCCCUAUCUGCUGUUGUCCUGCCCUUUCUGUUUGAGACAAGCAUCUAGGUUACUUACAUGAAAUCAAAGUCUCUGCUGCCUCCUCUUCGCUCUCUGUGUUUGGGUCCGUCCCUUUGUUCCCCUGCUCUCCAACUGUAACAAUAUUAGCCAUUCAGAAUACCAAAGGCAGUUUUACAUGGACUUACAGGACUCUGGGCUCCUUUGUAUUCACUCUGGUAAACAUUACCAGUGAAUAUAGCUACACUAGAAGGGAUGUUUGCUGCAUGAUAGUGAGUUUCUCCCCAUAAGACGAGACACACAAGCUUGCUAUAUCAAUGAAAUCUUAAUAAAAGCAAUAGAAAGCAGGUGUAAUUGUCUAAAAAUGUCAAAUGAAAUGCACUAUAUUGAGGUUUAAUUAAAUUUUUUCACUUUUUUUCGUUGAGUUUGUUUUAGCUCACAGUAUCUCAAACUAUUAUAUAUAUUUUGUAUCUUAUCAUGUAUAACUAAAUGCAUCACUUGUUUUGAAAAUGUAAUUAUGAUGAUUAAUUCAGAUUACAAUUAUUUCUUACAAAUGUUUUCUCAGGUCCAUAAAACAUGCUGGCCAUUGUUUUAUA